CCUCUUUGCCAACUGUUUCCCAUAUAAUUACCUCUGUACAGAGACUAGAGGAGCAGCUGAAUGACCUGACAGAGCUGCAUCAGAAUGAGAUGAGUAACCUGAAGCAGGAGCUGGCCUCCAUGGAGGAGAAGGUGGCGUACCAGUCUGACGAGCGAGCACGCGAUAUCCAGGAGGCUCUCGAGUCCUGCCAGACCAGAAUAUCUAAGAUGGAGCUGGCUCAGCAGCAGCAGCAGCUGGUGUCCAUGGAGGGGCUGGACAGUGCCAACGCUCGCGCCCUCAUCUCAAAACUCAUCAACGUCCUGCUGGCCGUCAUCGCGGUCAUCCUGGUCCUGGUGUCCACUCUGGCCGGCAUGGUCACUCCCAUGCUCAAAACACGAAGCCGGGUAGCGAGCUCCCUCCUGGCCCUGCUGGUGACCGUGCUGCUGUGGAGAAACUGGGGUUACGUUGUCGACGCGUAUCACCACUUCCUCGAACACUACGCCGUCAUGGUCACCCUCAGAUGACACCCAUACGCACCGUAACAUAUCUCGUAUCGUCCGUACGCUACAGGCAUAUCUUCUAUCAGUACAGCGCACUGGUAUCAACUUGUUGCACUACAAAACCGAUUGUGUAUACUGGAACAACAAGGCUGUGAUAGGGGUUAUGGGUAUCAGGUAUCUUUGUUAAAGAAAUUUGAUAUCAGGUAUCUUGGUAACCCCUUUCCCAGCAUCAGCAGUGCUAAAG